AGGCUGUGGUGCCGCUUCCGCUGCGUCCCGGAAGUGACGGCGCGGGCGGGGCUGGGGCGGUUCCUGGGCGUCGGGAGCGGAGGAUGCGCCAGCGGGGGCGAUUGGGCGGCCGGGGGCGGCCCGGGUGAUCUGGGAGCGGGCGGGCGCCAUGCUGAGCCGUAGCUCGUUCACCAGCCUGGUGGUGGGGGUGUUCGCCGUGUACGUAGCGCACACGUGCUGGGUGAUGUACGGCAUCGUGUACACGCGGCCCUGCCCCGCGGCGGCGGGCGGCGGCGCGGCCGGCUGUGUCUGGCCGUACCUGGCGCGGCGGCCCAAGCUGCAGUUAAGUGUGUAUACUACCACAAGGUCAAACAUUGGUGCUGAGAAUAAUAUAGAUCUGGUUUUGAAUGUGGAAGAUUUUGACAUCGAAUCCAAAUUUGAAAGGACAGUCAAUGUCUCUGUACCAAAGAAAACCCGAAAUAAUGGAACACUAUAUGCAUAUAUAUUUCUUCACCAUGCUGGCAUUUUGCCAUGGCACGAUGGUAAACAGGUGCACAUAGUAAGUCCUCUGACUACAUAUAUGGUUCCUAAACCAGAAGAGAUUAAUUUGCUCACUGGAGAAUCAGACACACAGCAAAUUGAAGCAGAAAAACAGACCAAUGCUUUAGAUGAACCUGUCUCACAUUGGAGGUCAAGGUUAACCUUAAAUGUCAUGGUGGAAGAUUUUGUCUUCGAUGGCUCAUCCCUCCCUGCUGAUGUUCACCGUUAUAUGAAGAUGGUUCAGUUGGGGAAGACAGUGCAUUACCUUCCAAUAUUAUUUAUUGAUCAGCUAAGCAACAGAGUGAAAGAUUUGAUGGUUAUAAAUCGUUCAACCACAGAGCUACCUCUUACAGUGUCAUAUGAUAAAAUAUCUCUUGGAAAACUCCGAUUUUGGAUCCACAUGCAGGAUGCUGUGUACUCCCUCCAACAGUUUGGGUUUUCAGAAAAGGAUGCAGAUGAAGUAAAAGGAAUUUUUGUGGAUACUAACCUGUAUUUUCUGGCUCUGACAUUCUUUGUAGCAGCAUUCCAUCUCCUUUUUGAUUUCCUUGCAUUCAAAAAUGACAUCAGUUUCUGGAAGAAAAAAAGGAACAUGAUUGGGAUGUCUACAAAAGCAGUCCUUUGGCGGUGCUUUAGUACUGUGGUAAUAUUUCUUUUCCUUUUGGAUGAACAAACAAGUUUAUUGGUACUGAUUCCAGCAGGCAUUGGUGCAGUGAUUGAGCUCUGGAAAGUGAAGAAAGCUUUGAAAAUGACAAUCAAAUGGCAAGGCAUAAGACCCAAAAUUCAGUUUGGUACGUACAAUGACUCUGAAAAGAAAACUGAAGAAUAUGAUACCCAGGCUAUGAAAUAUUUGUCAUAUUUGCUAUAUCCACUCUGUAUUGGAGGUGCAGGUUAUUCCUUGCUGAAUGUCAAGUACAAAAGCUGGUACUCCUGGUUGAUUAACAGCUUUGUCAAUGGAGUGUAUGCUUUUGGAUUCCUAUUUAUGCUGCCCCAGCUGUUUGUAAACUACAAGAUGAAAUCUGUUGCACACUUACCGUGGAAGGCUUUCACAUAUAAAGCAUUCAACACCUUUAUUGAUGAUAUCUUUGCUUUUAUCAUCACUAUGCCAACAUCUCAUAGGCUGGCAUGCUUUAGAGAUGAUGUUGUGUUCCUGGUCUAUCUUUACCAAAGAUGGCUUUAUCCUGUGGAUAAGAGCAGAGUGAAUGAGUAUGGAGAAUCUUAUGAAGAAAAGCCAAUAAAAAAAACUCAUAGAGAAUAAUUAAGAAUUGAAGAAGAAUCUGACCCGUGGACUCUUAUUGGUUACAUGUAUUAUCUGGUCUUAAGAAAAAACUUAUUUAAUAAGAGUAUUUUUAAAGCUUAUGAAAGAACUACAUGGACAAUACAUCUUCUAUAUUGCCAAAAUCUAGUUUUGAUAUCCUCCUAUUUCAAGAUUCCUUUUUGUCCUCACGAGGUCAACAAUCUGCCAGAUGUCAUUCAGUAUCCUUCUGCAUUUAAACUUCUCUUCAGUGAAAACCUUAAGUGUCCUCAUCAUUGUAAUUGAUAUCCAAAUCUAUGUUUUUAAGACAACUCAGUAACUGUAAGUGUGGUGCCUGUGCCACUAGGCUAUGAAAAGUGAAAAAAUAACCCAGUGUGUUACAGCAGAAUGAAGCAUCACUGCCAAACUGGAGGCUGUCAAAAUUAAAAUGUAUAGUUAUUGGACUAUACACUAACUACAAGUUGAUAAUGGAAAUUCUAGAAAUCAUGAUUAAAAUUGUACGUGGGCAUUUAAGUUCAUAGCUUAAAAUAAAUUUGGUUUGGAAUAAGUAAUGAGACAGACGGGGCUGGUAAAAUUCAAAUCUUGGGCAUGGUCUUAGCCCACAACAUGGCAGAGGAUUUCUGUUGUCUUAAACUGAAUGAAGAUGUGAAAAAACUGUAACAUGAUUUCUUUUAGUAUGUAUCUAAGUUUAUAUAAAUCAUUCUGUAUUGUUAACAAAUCUUCUGAUUUCUUGUCAUAGCAGGUAUUCAUAUAAUGCAAAUCAUUGUGAUGUGCUAAGAAUGUCUCUUAACACAUCUGAAAUUCUUCACAAUGUGGUACCCAAUGACCUAAUAGGCCAAUUUUCUUACCUUUCAAAGGGAACAAUUCCUUGGUCUUUCCCUUCUCCCUCCCAUCCCAGUUCUGUUUAUAAGACAAAACAUAUAUCAUUCAAAUGGAAUGAUUUUGCUUAAAUACAAUACAGGCUCAACAAAUUGCCUAAAAACAGGAAAAAAACCCCCAACCUGUUUAAGAACAGAUACAGUUCACUUUUAAACAUUCUAAAAUCUAUAUUCCAUGGAAGUUUAUGAAGGUGGGUAUGUUGAUCUGUUUCUCACCAUCAAAUCAGCAAAAAUAAUCAGGUUGAAAUUCAAUUGUUAUACCAAAAUUCAAACUGCACAGGUGUAUUUAAAAACUCUAGCUCUGUGUUUCUUAGUGACAGUAAAUGAAAUAUAUAGAGCAUGACUUUUAGCAGCAAAUAAAAAUGCUUAAUUCCAAAAACCAAAAUGGGAUAACUAAUUCUAGUUUCUUUGUGGUCAGUGACUUUAUACAGAUUAACCCUAAGAAUUCUUAAGUUUCUUUCCAAAUAACUGCCAACCAAAAGGUUUUUAUUAAAUUGUACCCUGUUUGUGCAAGGCUAUUUAACUUCAACAUGCUACUGAUCUGAAACAUAAAUUGAAUAACUUCACAGAACACAGAUCUUCUACUGUGGUCUGUUACUACUUUAUGAAAUAGACUUUAUCCAAUCCUAAUAUUGCAGAAGUCUAAAGGCAUACUUGGGUUCUGAAGAGAUACAGAAAUGUGCUGAACUUCUUCUGUCAUGGACUAUAGUCUUUCUUUACUGAAGUCCUUAUACGCUGCUGAGAGUGUAAAGGAGUCUUGAGGUGCAUAUUUAACUCAUUUUCAUGUUAAGCUCUUUACAUUGUUAGUGGUAAAUAAGGAAGACCGUAGAUCUGUUGAUUUUUUUAUCAUUAGACAUGCAUAAGUGUACGAAAAUGGGGUUGUAUUUGCUAUACCGUGUACCUGUUUUGGAUUUGUUUGGAAGGAGCUCUUUGCUGUGAAGCAAAUUAAUUUGGGACUCUUAUUUCAUAAUAGUAGUUAAAUGUUUGAAAAUUUUAUCCUGAUAUAAAUAAUACAAAAAGGCAGUGCAUCCCUUUUUGUGCCAUUUGAAAGCAAUCAAUUCAUUGAUUCUUCUAGAAUGGCUUUUGAAAGUCCAGAAUACCAUAUUCAGGUAUUUAUAACAUUUCAGCAUUCAUUUUUGUAUGUAGCUUGUUGAAAAAUCACUCUUGCACCUUUACAUACUGUGAAUUUAUUGCUCUUCUGUCUUGCAUUUCUGAUGGCAAUGACCUCAUAAUAUCCCACAUAGUAGUCAUAAAGAGUAUAAAAUUAGAGCAUUUGAAGUCUUUAAAAUGAACCAGACUUUCCUGUUCAGUUCAUUGUUUUAUGCAUUCCACUUCCAAAUAAAGCACUUGCAUAUGGGGCAGAGUUAUUUUCUGUUGUUGGAAGAUGAUGAUGAACUAUAUAAGUAGUAUAACUUUGGAGAUAUUAAAUGUUUCAACUUUC